CUGAUUAUUAACAGGCAAGUUCUAUUCCUCUAGUUUAAUACCUUCAAGAAGAGCGGGAUUAGGUUUCCCUAUUUUUCCUGUAAAAUUGACGUUGGACAAAAAAACAUUGAAAAAAAAGUAAACGCGUUUGAAAACUUAUUACAAAAGCGUGUUGAGGAUAAAAACGGCGCGUACUAAAGUAGUAAAACUACCGAAUGACAUUACGCUAAAAAUUGUUAACAGCAGAGUAUACUGGUGGAUGUUUUUGACUUGCACGUACACUUGCUCUAAUUGAUGUGUAUCUAAUCAUAAGCAAUCAAAUGAUGAUUGUAAAUCUGAUGUUUAGUCAUUCAGUCACAUAAAAUCUGGUAACUCCCCAUCAUCAUUCCCCUUCCACCGACAUGUUGCCCAGUUUAUGCAUUGCAAUAUGCCAGAACGGGAAAAUUUUUUUAUAAAUCUCGACUUCAUUUUAAGGGCUCUCGAAAUUGAAUGUACAGACAGAUGUUCCUUACGUGCUCUGGUAAGUUUGCAGCACAAAUAAUCAUUUUCCUACAGUGUUUCCUGUAUCACUCAUUGAGCUCAUUUGCUAUAACCUACAAAGACAUCAAAGCUGAACUAGGAAGAGCGAAUGUGGUUCCUGACGUAAUUGACAAAGCGCCAAAAAACGACAUCGAGAUACGCAUCAAUGGAACGUCAAUUGAUCUUGGUACUAGACUCGAUUUAAACUCUCUCAUAAAGCCUCCAGAAGUCUUAGAAUGGGAAGUUCAGAGACAUGGAAUGUACACACUCAUAGUCACAGGACCAGAUGUACCCUCAUGGGACGAACCAUUUGAACGUGAAUACAUGCAUUGGCAGAUCGUAAAUAUCCCUGGAAAAAAUUAUACCCAAGGUGAAACACUCGUCACAUACGUAGGGUCGCAGUUUUGUUGCAAUCCAGGGACUCAUAGAAUGGUUUACACGGUCUGGAAGCAACCACAAAGUAAACCAAUGAAUUUUUCAGAAGAACGUCAUAUUGACGAAAGGACUCACUAUUUACGGCGUGCAUGUUUCAACACCCGAAAAUUUGCCAAAAAAUAUAAUAUGACUCUUUGGGCUGCAAAUUUUCUCAUCGCAGAGUGCUACAUCGAAUGAAGUAUGCCAAGGAAUUCUCAGCGUAACAAGCCGUUAGAAAUGUCAACCCUUUUUAAGGAACAUGGAAGAAAAAAAAUAAUAAAUGUACCAAAUUUCAGCUGUUC